AAUCUGUGAAUCUGUUAAUAAAUUUGAAAAUUUGAGAUUCAAGAAGAUCAAGAGUAGCUGUAACAGCUUAAAAAUUUCCGAGGGUUAUUUUUGAAAGAAUCUGGAUUCAGAGGAUUCAUCUGCGAGGAGGAUCGGCAAUUUGAAAGAUCGACACGAAGCGGAAGUACCGUUGUCUCUCUGAUGGCUCUGGGGAUUCGCGGAUGAACGGCCUUGACGGCACGAGCCUUGACGAGUCUCGGUCUGGUCCAAACUAGGACAACGAAGCGAGCGUUCCGAUAAACGUACGGAAAUCUUCUUCUUCUUCUUCUUCUUCUGGAGUAAAUUUCCUCGAGCAACGAACGGAUGCUCUGAGACUUUUGGUUUCCAGCAUUAUAUACAGCAGCGGUGAAAUCCGGUUUUGCAUGGGUGUAUACCAAGAGACCGGCAAGCCUCCUCCCCCUAAUGUCACCCCGAAGAUGGCCAGGGAUCGCGCCGGGUCAGACCACUCAGGUCACAUGAGCGACACUACCACGUGCAGCUGCGUCACAAGUUCCAUCGAAAAGUGUUCGCUGCGAGGCUGUAGGAUGUUGCAAGAACCGUUCUUCCUGCAUCCACCAGGUUCUCGACCACGGGACGGCAUCUACAUAAAUCCCAUGAGCGCGUAUAUCGGCGAGCCGACCAAGCCCAAGGACACGGGCGAGUCCUUCUACCUUCACAGCCCGCACGAUCUCGUCUAUACCAGGAUCACGCGACUGUUUGGCGAUGCCGAGAAGCAGCGGAACGGCGUCGCGGCGGAUCAGCGUCAUGUGGCAGAGAGGAAAGACGAUACUCUGACUGUGAAAGUGGACGUGCACAUCAACAACAACGGAUUCGUCGGCAAGCCGCAUCCCAGUAACGGACACGCAGCCCGCUCUUCCGCGGACCUCGCAAGAGAGCCCUCGGAACACGCUUACGAGCAGAUCUGCGUGAGGCAGGAGGAAACGAGUAGCGUGAGCUCGUCACGCAAAAAACCGACAGACAAUGCCUCCGACAGCAGUCGUUCCCGAAAAGCCGAUAGGCGAUAUAGUCGUUCCAGCAGCGCCAGCGAAUCCUCGAACAUGAGCAGCGAGAUCCAUGGUUUGUCUUCGACGACAUCCACCCCGUCUUUGUCACGACACAGCAGCAACGAGCGAAUCGGCAAGCCAGGGAGUAAAACGAAUGCGGAAUCGUCUCAUGAAAGGAAGGACUUGCCCAGUGUGCAGGUGGAAAGUGAAAAGGAGAUACGUGUGAGUGGCAACGGCGGACCUAGUCUCUCAAAACCACCACCACCGCCGCCUCCACCACCGCCAGACGAUGACAUGAUAGUCGUCCUGGUAAAUGCCAAACCGAAUAUAGAUACAAACGCUGAUAAAAAAGACGCGCGAGGAAGCAGCCAGGACGGAAGGAGCGAGUCCUCUGCGACCAACAAGUCCGACGUAUCAUCCUCCGGCGAGCAUCAGCAGCAGCCGGAAGUGCCACCUCCAGCCAGUGCGCCGGUGGAUGCGGACGAAAUUAAAGCGAGUCAGGCGUCCCACCUGGUAAACAGGCACAUGGUGCUGCCGUUCAUACCGCCCAAGUUCGCCAACGCGGACUCCAACACUCUGCUGAAACCAUCCGAAUACCUCAAGAGUAUCUGUAAAGGGACGUCCAAGAACAGUUUGUCGAAGGCGAGGUCAGUGGACAACUUGGACAUUCAGAGUCGGAAUACGGAGCCGCGAGAAGAGGAGGAGGCGGACGAGGGAGAAGAAACGCGAAGGAGCAGCGAGGAGGUCAAGGGGUCUCCUACGGGCCCCCCGCCACCACCGUUGUCUCCUUUGCAGCAGAGAGCACGAAGUGUGAAUCAAGGCUCGAAUUCCACCAGUACUGGCAACGAGACCGAAAGCUCCAAAAUCCCGCAACCCUUAGCCACGAUCAGCAUCCAGGACCUCACGAGUAUCCAGCUACGACGAACAGGCACAAAGAUGAACGCUACCAAGACCUUCUCCGCUCCGCCACCGCGCAGCGUGUCUAUGACUAACGUUUCGGAGCCAUUCUUCGUGCAAAAAACGGACUUGAUUGCCGAAUUGAAGCGCACCAAGGACAUACCAGGUAUCAAAAAACUAAAAGUGGAAAGGGCUCAAGUCGAGAAGACUCAGGAGCAGAAUCUCAUGUCGGAAAUCAACAAAGCAUUUAACGUUACAAACUUCGUUGAUCAAAUUCCAGAAAAAGAUAGUUCGGGAAAUAUAAUACCAAUUUGGAAGCGACAAAUGCUUGCUCGAAAAGCGGCCGAACGAGCGAAAAAGGAACUCGAAGAGCAAAUAGCGCGAGAGAACGAAGAGAGGCGGCAGAAAGCGAUUCCACCGUGGAAGCGACAACUUCUCGCCAAGAAAGAUAACGAGGAAAAGAGACUGAACCAGACAGCGCCCACGUCGACAUCGAAGCUGGAAGUAACGACGACGAACCCGAAGAGGGAUCUCUCGCCGGUAUCGUGCGUUACUAAAAAGGAAGAAAAAUCUGAGGCCGAAGAGAAACGCGACGAUCCUGCCAAGGACGAUUCCGACGACGGUCAAAUUAUACCUUGGCGGGCGCAAUUAAGGAAGACCAACAGCAAGCUUAAUAUUCUUGAUUAAUCAUCGAGCGUUAAAAAUGCUUCUUUCGUUUUUUUUUAAAAGUGCGCGUUAUGUAAGUAUUCAGCUAAAAAUAUUUGUUGUUAAACGUAUGUUAACGAAACUUAUACAAGAAAUAAAUGUGAGAGAAAGAGAGAGAGAGAGAGAGAGAGAGAGAGAGAGAGAUUUUUUGCUAGUUGAGAUAUAAACGAACAUAUAAUACGGUUCACGGAAUUAUAUAAAAUAGGAAGUGUGUUUGGUAUUCUCUACAAGACUAGCACGUACUGAUAUAAAUAUUUUAAAAAGGAAUUGAAUGGAUAUUUUUAUAUACUUAUUGUGUUUAAUAUCGUUGCAAAGACACUAUCAAAAUAUUCUCGUUUAUAAUUAAUAUUAUAAAUUUGAAUUUAUCUUUUUUUUUUACGGAAACUGCUAAAGCAUAGCGGAGUUUAAUGUACAUUUCAAAUUGUCUAAAGAGAAAUCUUCAAAGAAAUUAUCUCCCGCAAAAUAAUUCCCCCUCAAAUUUUUCCUCAAAUCCAUAAAAAAGACAAUCUUUGAAAAUACAUUUAUUGAAAUAUUGCUCUCAAAAAAUAUUGUGCAAAUAUUUGAUAAAAUACAUCAAGAAAAGACGAAAAUUAUGUAAAGAAUUGAUCAUUGUGUCUUAAGUUAUGUAAUAUGAAUUAAAUGCGAUAUA